GCAACAGAUGCCUGAAGCUGUGAAAGACAAACACAUACAGCAGUGUGUUUGGGCCUGUAGCUCCAGGGUUUCCCUUGCGCCCCCAUGCAGAGAAGACCCCCAGGGGACUGACGCCAGCUGAGACUGAAAAACAAGGCCUAAGUCCAAUCAUGGCAGAGGAAAGCUUGGAGACAGAUGGCCCCAGAUCAUCCAUGCCGGCUGAGCUCCACCAUCCUCAUUCUAAGUACUCUCAGUGGAAGUUUAAACUGUUUAGAGUGAAGUCCAUUGAGAAGGCCCCUGUGUCCAGUGAGACGCAGACGGAGAAGCAAGACAUGUCAGGCAUCUCUAACCCUACCCCAUGUGGAAUUCCAAAUACAGAGUUAGGUAAUGGUGUGAGCCCAGGUACUGUUAUGACAGUUUCCCUCAGUGCAAAAAGCAAGGAACACGUUAAAGGACCUUGCCAAAGAAUGGAUUUGAAGCUAGAAGAAAUAGACAACCACAUCAACCGUCUCAGGUGUUUGUGCCGUCUUUGUGGAACCACUUUAACAAAAGUCAAAGGUCCAGUCCAUAACGUUCAUGCAGCUCUGGAUGACGAAAGCAAGAAUUCCCUUCGUAAAAUGGGCUGCCGGUCAAAAAACUGGCCAGAGGUCAUCCUCAAAGUGUUCAAAGUGAAUGUGACAGAGGAUACAGAAUCAGUCCAUCCUCUUUCUUUCUGCCAUCGCUGCUGGACGACUGCCAUGCGGGGAGGGGGUGUUUGCAAUUUCUCCGGAACAAAAGUCCCAGAGUGGAAACCUCAUUGUGCCAUCUGCCGCCUUUGCUCAACCAAGAAACAUUUAUACCUGAGGACCGGAAGAAAAAGGAGCAAAGCCACUUCCAAAACCCACGGCUUAGUGAAAAGAAUAAGGCUGGACCAUAGCCACAGCACGGUCAGUAGUGAGAGUCCACCAUUUGGAGGCCAUCUUCAUGAUCCUAUGCUUGAAACAUGGAGAAGUCCCAGUGUCCAAAGGGAGCACUGGGUGAGGACCAUCACACAUUGUCAGAAAGAGCACCUGAGUAACAAGCUUAUGUCUGAGAAUCUCCCUGUCGACUUCCUCUGUUCUUUCACUUGCAUGGUGUGUGACCAUCUGCUGUCUGACCCAGUUCAAGCCCCCUGCGGGCACCUCUUCUGCAGCAACUGUAUUAUAAAAUACAACCACAUUAUAGGACCUCAAUGCCCUGCCUGCAACUUGCCCUGUGCCAGCAAUGACCUCAUUCUCCCUGCCAAAACUUUUUUGUUAGCCCUGCAUUCUCUUCUUUUGCUCUGCCCAAGAGAUGGCUGUGGCCGCAAAGUAAGGCUAGACUCAUUUAAAGCUCAUUGUAUGGACCAUGAUUUGCAAGAGCGGGAUGCAGCAAGACAGCAAUCACCAGAGCUUGACAACUACCUGAUAACCAAUAAAGGAGGAAGACCCCGGCAGCACUUGCUAUCGCUCACACGUCGUGCCCAGAAGCAUCGGCUGAGGGAACUGAAGAAUCAGGUGAGGGCGUUUGCAGAUAAAGAGGAAGGUGGCGACCUGAAGUCUGUGUGUCUGACGCUAUAUCUGCUGGCGCUGAGAUCUGAGAAUGAACACCGGAAGGCAGAUGAGCUGGAGGUCAUGAUGCAAGGCAGAGGCUUUGCGUUGCAUCCCGCUGUGUGCUUGGCCAUCCGGGUCAACACUUUCCUGAGCUGCAGCCAAUAUCACAAAAUGUACCGGACUGUUAAAGCCACAAGUGGCCGCCAGAUCUUUCAGCCCUUGCACACUCUCCGAGCUGCAGAGAAAGAGCUUCUCCCUGGCUUUCACCAGUUUGAAUGGCAGCCAGCUCUUAAGAAUGUGUCUACAUCUUGCAAUGUUGGCAUCAUUAAUGGGCUCUCUGGAUGGACUUCCUCUUUGGAUGACUCACCAGCUGACACCAUCACUCGAAGAUUUCGCUAUGAUGUGGCUUUGGUGUCAGCGAUAAAGGAUCUUGAGGAGGACAUUGUGGAAGGGCUGAGAAUGACAGGUAUGGAAGACAGUGCCUGUACCCUUGGCUUCAGUGUUAUGAUCAAAGAAUCUUGUGACGGCAUGGGAGAUGUCAGUGAAAAGCAUGGAGGGGGACCAGUUGUUCCCGAGAAAGCUGUGCGUUUCUCUUUCACCAUUAUGUCUAUUUCAGUUAUGCUAGGUGAAGACAGUGAAGAGGUUACCAUCUUCACUGAGCCAAAGCCAAACUCCGAACUGUCCUGUAAGCCCCUCGGUCUGAUGUUUGUGGAUGAAUCAGACCACGAGACACUCACAGCUCUCUUGGGGCCUAUUGUUGCAGAGCGUAAUGCAAUGAAGGACAGCAGGCUUAUCCUGUCCAUAGCUGGCCUGCCUCGAUCUUUCCGCUUCCACUUCAGAGGCACGGGGUAUGAUGAAAAGAUUGUACGUGAAUUUGAGGGCCUGGAAGCCUCAGGAUCCACCUAUAUUUGCACGCUGUGUGACUCCAAUCGAGCGGAGGCUUCUAAAAAUAUGCUACUGCACUCCAUCACGCGCAGCCAUGAUGAGAACCUGGCACGUUAUGAAAUCUGGAGAACCAACCCUUUUUCUGAGUCUGUGGAGGAAUUGCGGGGCAGAGUCAAAGGGGUCUCUGCCAAGCCCUUCAUGGAGACGCAGUCCACACUGGAUGCGUUACACUGUGACAUUGGCAACGCCACUGAGUUCUACAAAAUUUUCCAGGAUGAAGUAGGAGAGCUGUACCGAAAGGAAAACCCCAGCAAGGAAGAAAGGCGCAGCUGGCGGGCAGCUGUAGAUAAAGAACUGAGGCAGAAGCUGAAGCUCAAACCAGUGAUGAGGAUGAAUGGCAACUAUGCCCGCAAGCUAAUGACCCUCGAGGCUGUGGAAGUGGUGUGUCAGCUGGUGCCCUCAGAGGAUAGAAGGGAAGCCCUGAGGGAGCUGAUGAGGCUGUACCUCGAGAUGAAGCCUGUGUGGCGCUCCACCUGCCCAGCCAAAGAGUGCCCUGACCAGCUCUGCCGCUACACCUUUAACUCCCAGAGCUUUGCUAACCUCAUCUCCUCUACCUUCAAAUACAGGUACAAUGGCAAGAUAACCAAUUACUUGCACAAGACACUGGCCCAUGUUCCAGAGAUAAUAGAAAGAGACGGAUCUAUUGGUGCCUGGGCAAGUGAGGGGAACGAGUCAGCAAAUAAACUGUUCAGGCGUUUCCGUAAGAUGAAUGCACGUCAGUCAAAGGCCUUCGAACUUGAGGACGUCUUGAAACAUCACUGGCUCUACACCUCAAAGUACUUGCAGAAGUUUAUGGAGGCCCAUAAGGACUCUGCAAAAUCCCUGCUAGCAACCAUUGACCCGGCAGAGAUCCAGGACAGUGAAAUAUUGCACCAGGAGGUCAUUGAGAGUUGAUUUUUUUUUUCUAUGUGAAAUUAAGCUUGAAGAUUUUAUUGAUUUUACACCGGCAAGACUGAUGUCCACACAUUGUGCACUCGUGAUUUAAUAAUUCAUUUAUUUUAUGUAGUGCUGUUCUUCUAAAACUUUUAUAUUAUACUGUAAUUCAAAACACAUAUAGACUUUGCCAAUUCAAAACUGCAUCGUCAUUAAGUUUUAACUUAAUAUGUUGAGCCUGACUGACCAGUGUUUUAAGACCGCUAUGCUUUAUUAAUUGUGUGUCUGACCCAUAACCUAUGGACAGUGCCACACACAGACUUUCAUUUGCUGAGGGCAAAAAAAAGUUCUUAUUUUACUUUCUAUGCCAUGAUAUAUGGCUCAUUUUAUUGUAUUGUGAGGAUGUGACAUACUUGUGAAUUUAUCGAGCGGGUAUUUAUGGAAGCAGAUGAAUCAUAGUUGGGAAAAUGUGUUAAGAUGACCAUAUUUGUGGCCACUACAUUUUGAUAUCAUUUUUACUGGAGAAAAAUGCAAUCACAGAGACUUUAAUGUUCUUUGCUUCACAGGUGCCCUUUGAGAAAGAUGAAUUUAUUGCUUUAUUCCGGCACCCACGGGACAGAAUAUAUGCCAGGUCACUUUGAACUGUUUUUUUAAUUUUAUUUUGUGGACAUUAGAUGAUAGAUCAUACUUAUUAGACAUUUUCACAUAAAACAAAGCAUAUACUGGCCUUUUUCAU